UGAUUUGGCCGCCUGGUCAAAAGGCACUCGUUGUAAUACAUACGGUUUCAGCCAACAGCAAAAUAUUCAAGUAGGUUACUAGUACUCAGUACUAGCUGUUUCUUACUUUGCUGCGCAGCUUUCUGCCACACGCUCCUCUACUCGCGCUACAAUGUUUUGUAGUCUAGUCUACAGUGUCUACACAGUGUUCGUACAGCCAGCCCUAGGCCUGACGGCCUGAGUCACCUGCAUGGGUACCGCAGACUGAGCUGAACUGGUGAUCGAGGAGUCGCGAGCUGGAUAACAACAGCCGAGCAGUUGUGAUGAAAAUAUAAGUAAUACUUUAAUAGUCGAGUCCUGGGCAGCAGCAGCAGCAGUAGCUAGCAGGGUGAACGUCAGCGCACUUCGUCGAAGCCUUGCUUGCUAUCCAGUCGCAUCCUUACAAAUACAAGGACCUGACUUCAGAGUUCAGCGUCCUUCAGCCAUAGCCACAGCAGUGCGGUUUCCACGCACUUAGCAGCAGCAGCAGCAGCAGCAGCAGGCGUUCAUAAGACUAGGGACUGUGUUUUGCGGGGGUGGUUGGGACCGUGGUGACUGUAGCGGAGUUUGGACAGAGCGAUAUCAAGACAAGCCUACUGGUACUAGUAAAGGGCCGCUUGUCGCCUCGUAGGCAGGCCCGGGGCGAGAAGAUAUUGAACUCCAGGUGCGGGAACACCAUUGCCGUACUACAGUCAGAGUUGUAACAAUGUACGUUCUAGCUGGAGAUCGUGUCCGCGUGGAAAUGCUGGUCGCCGUGUCGCUAGUAGUGUUGACAUUGCAUGUUUGGGGCAGUGAAGGCCGCCUUGGACGGCUGCAUUUCUCUGAAAUGGAGAAGUUCAGCCGUAGCCAACUGCAUAGAGCGGGCAGCAGUGCGAACCGCCGCAAUACCGACUGGUCUGCAGGUGCGCGCCGGUUCCGUAAACUCGGCGCGGGGGCAUCGCCAGCGGUGUGGAAGAAGAACGCUGCUGCGGCGGGCGACGUGAUGCUUCUUGGUCUUCCCGUUGGCCAGGGUGACGCGACGCUCAUCGUGUGCCCGGAGCACGACGGCAACGUGAUUGUGUUUGACAUGGGCAGCACGCAGCAGGCAUGGAUGCCCGGGAGGGUCCGCGACUACCUGCAGACGAGCACGCUGAACGGCGUGCGGCCGCUCAUGGAGCGCGUCAGCACCAUCAUCGUCUCCCACCCACACACCGACCACUACAACUACAUCCCUGACGUGUUCCCGCAGACGCCGGCCAGGGGCCGUGGCAGUCGCGCACGUGGCGGCGGCGGCAGGGACCACAACAUGCCAGCGCGCUUCAAUCGCCGUCGGCGCGCAGCCUACAAGGCGUUCGUGGCCGGCAGCAUAGCCGAUUACAAAUACUCGGGAAUGAGCGAGUGGCUGACAGUUGUGGGCGCGCAGACGUUCAACAACGGGAACAGCUGCUUCCUGGACUCGUGCCGCGCGGGGAAUUCUUGGAGCGAGAAGCUGUGCGGCGCGUCGAGUCCCGUCAGCUUCAAGGUGAUCGCGGCCAACAUGGGCAGUGGGACAAACGUGAACGAGAAGAGCGUGGUGCUGAAGAUCAUACAGGGCACGCAGACGGCACUACUCGUCGGCGACUUUGAGGACGAGUCGCAAGCGGAGCUGGUGAACCGCGUCAACAACGAAGCACCGGGACUCCUGGUCUCCAAUAUCUACAAGGUGAGCCAUCACGGCGCCAGUCGUCUGGCAAACUAUCCGGCAUUCCUGCAGGCCAUCAGCGCCAACCACGCGUUCAUCAGCAGUGCGUAUGCGACUGUUAGCGCCUAUGGCCACCCGAAGUGCGAGACACUGGACCGACUGCUUGCAGUGGGUACACUCCUAGCUACUCCGACGCACGAAGUCGACUGCACCGACGCCAACAGGAACCUGGUGAGGCGACAGCUGCAGAGCUCCAUAUUCAGCACCACGCCAACGGCCAAUCAGAUUUGCGUCGUCGAGUUCUCCAUGCCGCCAUCCGGUACCAUAUCACCACCUAGGCUGGUUUGCGAAGGCUUCCGUCUCAGUCAGUAUCGCGACUUGCUGAGGCGCUCCAUGAGUCCCAGACAACGUCACUUGGCCAUGAAGGCUGUCAGGAAGUGGCGCAACAGGAAGCGGCCCCCACCAGGAGUCAGGCCUGGCAAGCCAUUCAACAGAUUGAUUACUGGCUAGCUAAGCCGGGGUGGUCACUACUCGUACAGUCAGUGGUGCCGUGGUGCUGAUAGUGAAUCAUACUUUGCCUGUUCCUCUACUUUCACUGCAGAUAUUUCUUUAAAAUUAUAUUUGCGUACCUUAUUUCUAGUGUCACAUUACAUUGUUUUAUUGCGACACACAGUUUAAAAAAAGUUUUUUCUUCUUACAUUUUUACUCUAGCGCGUCAUAUAAUUCCAUAGCAGAUUUCCCUAUUUAGCAGCCGUGAUCGCACUUGUUGAAUAAUUGUGCAUAGAAAAUGGCCAUACUCAUUUCAACGAGCGUAACUCUUCCUUAAUAUCAGCUGGUCCAGCAACAAGGGCUGGAUCAUGUCCAGGCCAUAUAUAACUACACAGUGGUAAUGGUUGCAUAAUAAGAACCGUGCGUAUCUGCUAAUGUUCAAACCAUGCCUGUAUUCAGACCGAGUUGCUAUUCAAGUCGCAUGUGUACAUGUACGCAUCAUCGGUGCACAACGGUUCCGAAUUUGUCAACGCACUCUUCAAAUUUCUGUACUUCCAUUCAGAUCAUGCUUUCAUACUUCCACUCAGAUCGUGCUUUUUAAUAGGCAUAACAAAUAUUCAUUUUUAAAAAGUGUUAUACAAGACAGUACGCAAUGGAAGAUUUUUUGCUGCUUUCACCUCAAAUAUUUGGCAGAGAAGAAUUUUUUUAAUUAGUCUAGCACUACCACCUAGAACACUUAUUGCUAGCGUUGCCUUUGCUCUACGUCUCCACUUAGCGUUCUAUUGUUGAUGCGCGCCAUCAAUUCCAGCACUAUAUCCAACCCUUA